AUGAUAGAGACCUUUAAGAAAAAUAUAAUAGAAAAGUAUGAAAAAGAAUGUGAUAAGAUAAUUAAUAAUUAUUUAGAGAGAUUAAAAGAAUUAAAUAGAUUAAGUUUGUUAAGUAAUAAUAUUAAAGAUCAACAGGAAUUAUUAAUAGAAGAAAAUAAAGAGAAUUUAAUAGAAAAAAAUUUAAUAGAAGAAAAUAAAGAGGAUUUAAUAGAAGAAAAUAAAGAAAAUGAUAUUAUUGAAUUAAAAUUAAUAGAAGAUGAUAUAAUAAGUAUAAAUAACAAUGAACAAAAUAAAGAAGAAGAAUUUAAUCCUAUUCAAUUUUCAUCAACAUUAGUUAGUUAUGUUGUUCCAGAAAUGUCUUUAAAUGAAAAUAAUUCUAUAAUAAAUACUAAAUCAGAUCAAUUAAAAACAACAACGGAUUCUAAUAAAAUAAGAAAAGUUAAAAUUAAAUCAGCAAAGAAAGUUAAAAAUUCUAAAAGAAAACUUGAUCAAGACUUUAAUGUAGUUAAGAGAAGAAAAAUUGGAUAUAAAAUGUUAGAAGAUGCUAGAGAAAACCUAAACAACAUAAAUCUUUUAAAAGAUGUUAUAAUGAAUGCACUAAAACCACAUCAAGAUUUAUUGCAAAGUAGCAAUGCUUAUAUAACAGAAAUGAAGACUAAAUUAGAAGAAGCAGUUACUAAAAGUAUCGAGGAUAGAGUUAAAUAUACUGAAGAAAUAAAAAGUAAAGAUGAAAUUAUUAAUAGUCUGAAUAUGAAAAUCAAUGAAUUAACUAAAAUAAUAUCAGAAAAUAACCUGACAAUAAAAGAUUUUAAAGUAGAAAAUGAUCAGUUAAAAGUAAAAAAUGAUCAAUUAAAGGUAACAAAUAAUAAAGUGUGUGAUCAACUAAAACUAGCAUAUAAAAAAGUAGAAGAUCAACAAAAAUUGAUUAGUGAAAAUAACAGAGAGAGAAAAGUAUUAGAAACAAAAACAAUUGAAAAUUUAAAGAAAGAAGAGUUUAAAAAAGUUGAUGAUCAAAAUGAUGUAAUUGAAGGCAUUGAAAACAAUCCAAAUAAGAAAUUUGUAAUUAAGAAACCAAUAACAGUGAAAAAGAUUUCCAUUCCAAAGAAAAAAGAGACUAUUAAUAUUGAUCAAAUGACACCAAUGGAAUUAUAUAAAAAGUCAGUUGAUUCAGGAUCUUCAUUAUCUUCAGGAAGAAACACUAUUCAAAAUAAGGGACUUCAUAGACUUUGUAUGAAUUAUAUUCCUAAAACAAUGAUACCACAUUUUGGUAGUGAAGAAGAGUUUAGUAAGAACGCAAUAAAGAAAGGAGGAUUUUUUGAUAAGAUUGAUAAAUUAUUAGAAAAGAAUUUACCUGCUGAUGAAAUAAGAAAAUUUUUAGGUAAUCAGUGUGAUAUUAAUGUAGAACAAAUCUUUAACAAAAUACCAUCAGUAACUAAUUACAGUCCUAAUCAAUUUAAUAGAAUUCAAAGAUAA